AUGCCUGCACCACCUCCCCCUCCCCCGCCACUCCCAUCAUUUGGGGGGGGACCACCACCACCUCCUCCUCCUCCACCGUCUGGUGGAGCUCCUGCUCCCCGUCCAACUGCAAAUAGGGGCGGCCUCAACAAUGAAAUCACAAGAGGUUUCAAGCUCAAGAAAGUCACACAGAUAAACGACCGUAGUGCGCCUGCUGUUGCUGGAAAACCUACAGACAGCGCUCCGGUUAAGGGGCCCAGUUUGGGAGCACCCCCGGUCCCUGGGGGUGCGCCGAGAGUGCCGAGUGGAGCCGCACCAAGGAUUCCCAGUGGGGGUGCUCCUAGCACUCCCGCGAGGUUGAGGGCGAGUAGUGGCAGUAGCAGCUAUACUCCUGCGGAACCUAGCCCUCAGUUGGCGGGUUUGUUUGCCGGGGGUAUGCCAACACUGAGAAGUACAAAGGGCGGAGUGAAUACAGGUGCAAAUCGUGAUUCGGCGGUUUCAGAUUCGUCAGACACCAAUACAACACCGCCCCGGGCAGCCCCAUCAAUCCCGAGACUUCCAACUCUCCGGCCAACAGUUCAUUCCGUCCCGAGCGCACCACAUGGUAUCCGAAAGCCACCACCGACACCUAUUAAGAGGCCGAACUCAUCCGCGCCUUUAAGGCAAGUGCAAAGCUCACCAUCCAGUCCACCACGCGCUACCCCACCCCUGCCUCCACAUGUACCUGGAUCGCUAGCUCCUGGGCGUCCGCCAGUGCCGCCGGUUCGGAAGUCCCCAUCCCCAACAUCAGGUUACGGUGCACCAAGCUCCGCUCCACCGCCCCCGCCUACCGUAGCGCCGAGGCCACCGAGAAGCAACCCUCCUCCGCCUCCACCUCCGCCAACCAAUGGUAACGGGGUCUCUUCAAGACCAGCAGCCCCGCCCCCCCCGCCUCCACCCGUGGCGAGAAGCUUUGUUGAUCCGAGUACCUUCACACUGGGGGGAACAGGAGGAAUUGGAGCCGGUGGGGCCAAGAAAAUUGUCAUUGACGAUAAAAGAUGGAAAUUUAAGAGGGAGCAGGACCUACCAGACCCGAGGCCAUUUACAGGCAUGACGAAAGUUUAUCGGAGUGGUAGGGGAAGUUCAGUGCCGCUCAAUCUGGCGGCAUUGGAGUAG